AUGUUUUCCCUACCUAUGAUUGCGCCGCGCCCAGACGCCAGUCUGUGGCCCUCUCUCCACAAUACACAUGCAGCAUUUGAAGACACACAGUCACAGUCCCCGCCCAAUACGUCGCACAACCAACGACGCCCAACGCACCAUACACCCCACCACAACCAAAACCUACUACUGUCCAGCCUCACAGCUGAUGAAAAUACCAUUUCCCAGCGAAAACUCAAUGUCCGUCGUUUCGGCGCAGGAUGGCUGCGUCCCCCGGGCGUAUCCAAAACCCUCCAAGCCAUCAAAGACGAGGAGCUCGAGAAAGAGGAACAAGAAAUGAUGCAGCGCCGCGAACAAGUAAUGAUGGACUUAGCUGCUGCGCAGCAAGAAGCCGCAAACGAAGAGCAGCGUGAACGCGGCGAAAUGGAAGAAGAAGCCGGUAUGGGCGAAGAAGAACGAGACCUAGACGACGAAGUCCCCGAAGCCGAAGAAAGCAUGAGCGAAUCCUCCUCUACCGCCGCUAGCAGCAGCAACAGUGGCAGCGGCAGCGGGUCAGAAGACGAGCAAGAAGAACAAGGUAGCGAAAUCAGCGACGACGCACAGGAAGAAAGCACCGUCCCCUUCAACGAAGACAGCUUCAUCGAAGGCAGCAUGAUGGAAGCAGAAGUCUCGCACAUGCUCGAGAUGGAAGAGGCGGAAAUGACAGGUGUCCUCCAAGACGAACGCGAUCUUGACGACGAUGUACCCGAAGCUGGAAGUUAUGAGCAUACGGAUUCGGAACUCGAGGAUUCAAGCGACUUGGAUAAUUCGGCGCUGCCGACAGGACUUGCGUCAGCAAGGUCGAGACGCUCGGCCAGGAGGCGCCGAUCGAGUGGAAGACGCAGUUCUGGGCGUCGUAGCUCGGGGCUCCCUGGGGGAAUGACGUUGGGUGCGCAUCCAACGGCUGGACGAGUUAGUCUGGGUGUUGAUUUGGGGAAUGGGAGGAGUAGCUUUGGUAUGGAUGGAAGCAGCUCGUUUCUUGACGGAAGCUCUUUCUUGAGGAGUUCACCUGCGGGGAAUGCGGCGGCUAAUCGGGGGUCGUUGCGAGAUCGCUUCUUGGGCGCUGCGAGGGGUGGGGGGAGUAGUGGAGGUGGUGCUGGAUGGAGGGCUUGA